UAUAUUCAUUGAGUUCUAUAGCAAGUUUGUUUGUAAAGGGGAGGUAAAUUCAUGACCUACCCCAUAAAUUCACUAUAAAACCCGAAUGAUCCGUGUUGCAUUUUCCUCGGACCGCUGUCGCAACUACUUCUUCCUACAGGAUUUCAUACUUCAGUUAGGACAGAGCUUAUUGGUGUGCAUUCAUUCAUAAAAGCUUUUUAUUGAGAACCAUAUUUAAUGUCUCGUACACACGACGGUACUGCGAAUUUUUCAUUUCACACAGAUAUACAAUGUGUUUAGUACACAUGUAUUUGUAAUGUUCUCCAGAUAAGAUUGCCUUACCGUCAAACAAUAACAGUAUUGAAAAAUGAUAAUGAUAAACAUUAUUAGUAUAUUGUUUUAAAGCAGUGCAUUAUAGCCCACGCUGCGGAAAUCAUUCUAAUGUACCGUGUAGGAGAUUGGCGAAUUUUUGCGCAGAAGCAAAAUCAUACAUCGGGAUUCAGGAUUCCAUGAGAGCAAUGUUAGAAGUCGCGUAGACGCCGCAAAGGCAAGUGUGAUUACGUAGUAUUUUUUGCUCAACGUUAACACGUGUUUGAUUAAUAUACAAAAAAAAGUGACAGAAUGACUGUCACAACUCUUAAUUCCCAGGGAGAAUAUGGAGAGUACGUUAAGUCACAAGAUCUUUCUGUGGUUCAUUUUUACGCACCAUGGGCCGAUCAGUGUUCGCAAAUAAACGACGUGAUCGAGGAAAUGAGCAAACUCGCGGAAUACAAAGGUGUUAAGUUCGCCAAGAUCGAGGCCGAGAAGGUGCCCGAGGUGUCACUGAAGGCUGGCAUCACCGCUGUACCAACGGUCGUCCUUGUAAGAAACGAGGCUGUACUCGACAGAGUCGACGGAGCCAAUCCCUCUGCGCUAGCAGAGAAAGUUAAACGUUAUUUGACGAGCAAAGAGCCGAUUCCGAUCGAGGUGAACAAGUCAAAAGAGAAUCUUGAAGAGAGACUGAAGAAAUUAACAAGUCAAGCACCUUGCAUGCUGUUCAUGAAGGGAUCUCCAGCAAAUCCACGUUGCGGAUUCUCUAGGACAAUAGUCUCGAUUCUAGAUUCUUGCAAAGCAGAUUAUAAGACAUUUGAUAUUUUGCAAGAUAACGACGUCAGAGAAGGACUUAAAAAAUUCAGUGAUUGGCCCACUUACCCUCAGCUGUAUAUAAAUGGAGAACUCGUCGGAGGAUUGGACAUUGUGAAAGAAAUGAGCGAAUCUGGAGAAUUAGAGAAUAUGCUGCCUAAGAAGAGUUAAUACAAAUGAAACGUGAGUUCAUUCUCGAAUAAAUACUUAGGGUAAUUCCAGUAUAUGCAGCUGAGGAAGAUUAAAUUGUUUUCUUUCAGAAGGGAGUCUGAUCACUUAAUUUAAUCCAAUUACUUUUAAAUUAUUUUGUAUCGAUUUUGAAGAUCACAAUCUUUCCUCUGUUGAAUUAUGUAAUAAAUUAAACUAUCUGUAUAAAGAAAAUUUUCUUUAAAAACAUCCUGAACUUUAUUCCGCUAUUGCAAAAUAAUUUAUUCUAAUCUAUUUGGCAUAUUUUAUACAUUAUCCAUUGGAAAACUGCAAGUACUGUGUACUUGUAAAGGCAUAACAACUUUUUUACUUAUUAUCAAUAUUAUCAGUUUUAUACUCCUCAAGUAUAUUUUCUUCUAUA